CAUUUUCCCUGACCAAUGGCGGGCCUUGACCCUCACCCGCUGCGCGGCAGUGAGCUUCAUCGGGCAGUGACAGCAGCGCAUUUACAGCAAGACGUGCGGCGAGCGGCAGUAAAAGCAGCAGCGAUGGAUCGAGUGAGGUCUGCAUUCAACAGCAUGGUCAAGAGUGAGCGCUACAGCCGCUUCACCCUGCAGCCGGCCGAGGACGGAGAGCGACACGUUGAGGUCAAGCUGUCGGACGACGCCGUCGAGGACUCGGCGGGCGGCUCGCCGAGCUUCAGACCGGCGCCUCGGCGUCAGCAGCAAAGCACCCUGUGCUACUUGGCACUGGGGACCCUGCUGAUAUUUCUCACCGGCUACCUGCUCGGUUACCUCAUCCACCGCAAAACUCAGGUGGAGCCGCUGGCCUGUGGCAACGAGCCGAAGGCGGACGCACAUCCGGAAGCGACGGCCGGCCCCGCACAUCCGGAAGCGACGGCAGCCCCCGCUGAGGUUGCACCGCUGCCAGGCGCUCAGAUGGACUGGGGGGACGUCACCCAGCUCCUCACUGAGAAACUCACCACCGAGGCCCUCAGCAAAACCCUGAGUGCCUGCGAUCUCCCCAGACGCUCUGCAGGGAGUGUCGAAGACAAAUUCCUGGCAAACCACAUAUUCAAGGAGUUCCAGAAAGUGGAGAUGGAUCCCUGGACUGACAUCCACUACGUCCAGCUGCAGACGCCAGACAGCCAGCGUCCAAACCGUGUCCGUUUUGGUGCCGACGUCUUCGAGCCAACGGGGUAUCUGGCCUACAGUGCUACUGGGCAAGUACAGGGAAAGCUGGUGUACGGCAACUACGGCCGGCCGCAGGAUCUGGAUGUCCUGCAGGACAAGAACGUCUCCCUGAGAGACAGCGUGCUGCUGCUCCGAGCCGGACAGAUCAGUUUUGCGGAGCAGGUGGACAACGCUGCUGCGAAGGGAGCCGCCGCCGUGCUGAUCUACCCCGACGCUCAGGAUUACCAGUACCGAGCGGACACGGCCCUCUACGGGCACGUCCACCUGGGUUCAGGCGAUCCCUACACGCCCGGAUUCCCCUCCUUCAACCACACGCAGUUCCCCCCAACCAAGUCGUCCGGUCUCCCCAAAAUCCCAGCGCAGACCAUCACCGCCAACAUGGCUACCGCUCUUCUACGGACAAUCGGCGGCCCUGAAUCGGAUGCGAGCAGCGGGUUUAAAGGCGGCCUGUCAGCGACUUACAGGCUGGGAGGCGGCGAGAACAUCUCCGUCGAGGUGAACAACGUCCUGGUCAACAAGGAGAUCCACAACGUCUUCGGAGUCAUCAAAGGCUUCGUGGAUCCCGAUCAGUACGUGGUUCUGGGGGCUCAGAGAGACGCCUGGGGGAGCGGCUACGCCAAAGCCACAGUCGGCACCUCCGUGUUGAUUGAGCUGGCCAAGGCUGUUAGCGAGAUGGUGGAGAAAGAUGGCUUCAGACCCAGGAGAAGCGUGGUGUUUGCCAGCUGGAGCGCUGGAGACUACGGAAGUGUCGGCGCCACCGAGUGGUUGGAGGCGUACAUGUCCUCUAUUGACAAGCGUGUUGUCACCUACAUCAGCCUGGAUGGGGUCGUCGUGGGUCGCGGGAGCUUCGUGGCCUCGGCAAGUCCGCUGCUCUACGGCCUCCUGGAGAACACGAUGAAAGGGGUGAAGAGCUCUGCUGGUUCGGACUCCCUGUACGACAUGAUGGGGGCGAGUAACUGGGAGGCCAAAACAAUGAGGCCAAUGUCCAUCGACGACCCCGCCUAUCCCUUCCUGGCCAUGUCUGGAGUUCCCUCCGUCUCUUUCCACUUCAUCUCUCCGAAUACUGAGGCCUACAUGUACUACGGCACCGACCUGGACCACAAGGAUCACCUGGAUUACCAAACCAACCACCGCACCAGCGAAAUGGCGGCGACGGCGGCACAGUUCGCCGGCCAGAUGGCUCUGCGGCUGGUCCACGACCGCCUGCUCCGCCUGGAUGUGAGCCGCUACAACGGCGUCCUCACCAAGGCCGUGGCCCAGAUCUACAAGCGCAUCAACCAGCUCUUGAAGUCCGGGCAGCUGAAGGGCCUGAAUCCCACCUGGCUGAACCGUGCACGCGGCGCCUUCCAGCGCGCCACCAUCAGCAUCAACAAUGACAUCCGCAACAGCAACUUGGACGACAAGGAGGCCUGUCGGAUCCUCAACGGGAGGAUCAUGAGUGUGGAGCACGCCCUCCUCUCGCCGUACGUGUCCCCCGUUGAGACUCCCUACCGUCACCUCCUGCUGGGUCGGGGCCCCCACACUUUGGCGUCCAUUGCCGAGACCACCGACAUGGAGCAGCUCCACACGCCGCUGGCCCUGGCCACCUGGAACCUGCAGGGAUGUGCCAACGGCAUGGUGGGAAACAUCUGGGACCUCGACGAGGAGAUCUAAAGACGUGUGUGUGUGUGUGUGUGUGUGAACACGAUGUGAGGUAAGGAGGAGCUACAAUAUCAGCACUUAAGCAUGAGUUGUCAAUCAGAGGUUGAAGCCCUGCCCUUUUAUAAAAAGGUCAAAUCUCACAAAGAUCCAGGAGGAGAUGGAAAAGGAUCAAAUACACUCGACUCCAAAGCAAUUUCGCUAUUGAAGAAAAAUGUUUGCUACUGACAAACCUGCCUCCGCUCCUCCUCCACGUCCAAACAACAGGGCUGCGACCUCUCGCCAUAACACUGGGAAACCUUAUUUAUACUUAAGUUUUAUUUAUCAGUGGCAGUGCCUACUAUAAAGUUAUUGUUUGUCUUUUUAUACGACGUUAUCGGAAGCAGUGCCUUCCAUAAUUAUGACGGUUAUACCGUCUUAUCCUCCGGCAGCAUCUGCUACAAAGACUGAACUGUUGCUCACUAAAUGGAGCCCCUGAGAAAAGUUAAAUAAUAAAUAGUUCAACUACAACAGAGAGUAAGGAUAUAUCUAAAAUAUCCAACAAUAGAAGAAAUUAUGACUCGAUUUAAUCAGCACUUAUUGGCAAAAUACACGUUGAAUCUUGAGGGUGAAAGAAUUGAAAUGCACUAAAAAAAAUGAAACCAACAAUAACUGAUCUGAUUGGUUCCAAGAUUUGCAAGUAAGCCAUUUAAGAUGCACAGUGUACUUUGGGGCAGUUUACACGUUAUCGGGAGCAGUGUCUCCCAUGACGACCAACACGUUAUCGGGAGCAGUGUCUCCCAUGACGACCAACACGUUAUCGGGAGCAGUGUCUCCCAUGACGACCAACACGUUAUCGGGAGCAGUGUCUCCCAUGACGACCAACACGUUAUCGGGAGCAGUGUCUCCCAUAAUGCAAAGCAGUGAUGGUAGUUUUUGCCUACCAGUGUGUGUGAUUUACGUGUGUAUUUAUCGGGAGCAGUGUCUUCCAUAUUUCGCUCGGAAGAGUGGAACAACUUAUCGGGGACAGUGUUUCCCAGAGUUUUAUACUUGAUAUUUUUGUUGUUGUUAUAUGUGUGCGCUUCGGAUUCUUUUCUUUCUUUUUGCUCACGUGAGUUUGUUAGAUUUCAGUUGUUGUUGUUUUUUCCAAUAUAGCGACCGAAUUAUUACGCCGCACGUUGUCAUUAUAUCUAACAACAAGCGGUGUGUCCGGAUUAUCCAUGCUGGUCACUAAAAAUCCCUCCAACUGUCUUUGCAUGCGUUCCCUCUUCACUGCAUGGUACUGUAUCGCUUUAAUGGGGUGUAGCUCAAGGCUGGACAUGUUAUAAACUUUUCUAAGGAAUUAGGGUUCAACCGUUGUUUUCAGUUACAAAACGUUUUUGUAUCCAAGCUGCUGUUAUUUAUAGUUUGACAGUGCUUUUCCCAGAAUGAGCGUAAUUUAAAAAGAGAAGGAAAAGACAACCUAAAUUGCAUUUUGAAGGUUUUGAACCAGAACAUAACUAAAUAUAACAUACGUAUGUUAAAAGAACAGAUUAAAUGGGGCAAUAAAAUGAGAGUAAAAUCCACUUUAAACACUCGAGACCAAAGCAAACGUCAAUUUUUUUUAUUAUUUUAUCACAUGUUUGAAUAAAUGUAUUCUUCUGCUGUCACUCCUUUUGUGCUUUACGCCAUUCUCUCCGGCUUCUAUUGUCCUAUGUCUAUUGUACAAGAAUGAGAAGUUACUUAAUACCCCGAGGGGAUUCUGAGGUUACGCAUUAGAUAUCCUGCUGACCGGGUAACUGUUGUUGUUUCAAAACCUGUUCUUCAGAUCAUAUUUCUGUGAUCGCCAUCUUCAGUAGAAAAGUGUAAUAAAACCUUUUGGCUCAGCAUCCAGUAA